CGCCGCCCUCUGGAGAGAGCGCCAGGGAGAGGCUGGUGUGAAGAGCCGCAUUUCAAUGAGGGCCGGGCUAAUGCAAAUCGCUGCAAUCGGCAGCAGCAGAAGAAAGGCAAAGCAGCUGCAGCCCGGGCUCCCCAGCAGCGCGCUUCAGCCGGGGGAGGCGUAACAAAGGCAGCGGAGCCGCUUUCUGCAGCAACUCCUGCGAUUAAAGCCGGGUGGUCGCCGGGGGGGGAGGGGGGGACCUGCCGCUCUUUUGGCCCCUUCCCAUUUCGAACCGCCGUCUUCCCUCCGCGCUCCGCCGGCAGGUCUGAGGGAGAAGGUGCUCGCUAGGCUGCGGAGAACAGGUUGAACUUCAAGAUGUCAUUUGGGAGAGACAUGGAGCUGGAGCAUUUUGAUGAGCGUGAUAAAGCGCAGCGAUAUGGCAGAGGGUCCCGGGUAAAUGGUUUGCCCAGCCCUACUCACAGUGCCCACUGCAGCUUUUACCGAACCCGUACUCUACAGACCCUGAGUUCUGAGAAAAAAGCCAAGAAAGUUCGUUUCUAUCGUAACGGAGACCGGUAUUUCAAAGGGAUUGUAUAUGCCAUCUCCCCUGACCGGUUUAGAUCCUUUGAAGCUCUCUUGGCUGAUCUGACCCGGACUCUGUCAGACAAUGUGAAUCUGCCCCAGGGAGUGAGAACAAUCUACACGAUUGAUGGCUCCAAGAAGAUUUCUUCCUUGGACCAACUAGUAGAAGGGGAAAGCUAUGUCUGUGGUUCCAUAGAACCCUUCAAGAAGCUGGAGUACACGAAGAAUGUAAACCCAAACUGGUCAGUGAAUGUUAAGACAACCUCUGCUUCUCGCUCAGUGCCAUCCCUUGCCACUGCUAAAGGAGGCACUCCAGAUGCAAAAGAGAAUAAGGAUUUCAUUAGGCCUAAACUUGUCACUAUCAUCAGGAGUGGAGUGAAACCACGGAAAGCAGUCCGGAUUCUGCUCAACAAGAAGACAGCACAUUCAUUUGAACAGGUUCUUACUGAUAUAACUGAUGCCAUCAAGCUGGAUUCAGGGGUGGUUAAACGCUUAUACACACUAGAUGGAAAACAGGUGAUGUGCCUUCAGGAUUUCUUUGGUGAUGAUGACAUUUUUAUUGCAUGUGGACCAGAAAAGUUCCGUUACCAGGAUGAUUUCUUGCUGGAUGAAAGUGAAUGUCGGGUGGUGAAAUCCACUUCCUAUACCAAAAUAGCUUCGACUUCACGCAGGAGCACCACCAAGAGCCCGGGCCCAUCCCGACGCAGCAAGUCUCCUGCUUCUACCAGUUCAGUGAAUGGAACCCCUGGUAGCCAGCUUUCUACUCCCCGCUCUGGGAAGUCUCCAAGCCCAUCUCCCACCAGCCCAGGAAGCCUACGGAAACAGAGGGACCUGUAUCGCCCACUCUCUUCGGAUGAUAUGGAUUCAGUAGGAGACUCAGUGUAAAAGAGAAAAUGGAACAAUGUUUAUGGUUUGUGAUUUGGUGAAGGUUUAACAUUUUUAAAGAGAAUAGCUGCUAAUUUACAGUAAUAGUGAAUCGCACAAAAGAGUUUUGCAUAUUUAAUACUAAAAACAUGGGGCCAAAUUAAUUCUAGUAUGUGGGGCUGUUUUUGGCUUUACCACGGCAUUUUUAUGUGAGAAUUUGUAAUGAAUGAGCCAUUGAAUGUGUCCAUCAAAUAAAACAGCAUUGUGCACGCUUUAAGGAACGAAGAUUGCAUAAGGUGAAUAUAACGCACAAAACCACAGUGGGCUCAUUUAUGAAUAAUAGCCUUUUUAUAAUCUAAAGUACUGAUUAUAAGUUCUGUUUUUAACAUAGAUAUUUUUAUUCAUUUUGGUGUGAACAGUUAAUGAAUGCUUCGCUUUUACCAAUGAAUCGGUAAAAUAAAGACAAGAAAAAACCUGCCAUAUUAAACUGCUUGCACCACGCUGUCUGAUCCCAACACACACAUUUAGAACACUCUGAGCUUAGUCUUUUUAUGUACAUGAAAAGAAAAUGCAGAAAUUCCAUGAGUUCACAGAACAAAAAGUAAAUGCUUUCAAAGCAGUGUUCAAGUUCUCUUCACUGCAUUACCAUUUGAAUACUGUAAACAGAAGAGUGUUCACAGGCAACAUGAAUGUUUUACCUGGCUUCAUCCGUGUGUUGCAAGUAAAUAUGGACAGAUUUCCAAAUGAGGAAAUAUGGGGGCCUGCUGGCUAGCAGCAUCAUCUGACACGUAUGAUGACACCUUUUGGAAUAACAUGUUUUGCCUGAGAAGCUAGUGAUUACUUUCACUUAUGUUAAGGACAGGAACAUCAUUUUUUAUUUAUGCAUUUUAAAAUGAAAGCCUACAGAAGUGGGUACUGCAAAUCAUCCUUCUAUGGACCUAAAUUCUCUGUUUUCACAAUUUCUAGAGAGGGUCAUUUUGUACAGCACGAAUAUGCAAAACUCCUUUAGUGUUAAAGUAGGUCAUGCAUUAUAACCAGUUGCUUAAUAAAUAUCUACUAAUUUUAUUUGUUUUCUGCUGCUUUAUUGUGAGAAUCUUACUCUACUUUCCAUAAUAGCAAUAUUUCCCAUCGUAUGUUGCAUAUUGCUUUAAAGUUUAUAUUUUGUAUUUGAGCCCAUAGUGUAGUGAUCACAAACUUUCACUGUCUUGUACUUUUCCUUUCAGUAUCAAAUUCUAAUGAUUUAAGAAUUAAAAAUCAGUGUGAUUCUGAACCUCAACAAAAAUCUGUAGAGAUUAUAUUUUUUAGUUACUUAGCGAUGAUUUCAUAUAUUUUAAAAUCAGAAAAAUCUACUUAAAAGCAAAAAGCGUUUAGCUGCCACAUGCCAACUUUUACAUGCAGUGAAACAAUUCUUUUACACUGAUUUGUCCCUAAUAAAAUUCAACAGAUCCCACAGCUGGAAAAUGGUGACAUGUGAUGAUGUGGCUUCAGUGUAUCAAUAUCACUUUCUUUAUGGAGGAUAUUUGCAAAAAGAAGUAGAAAGGCAGCAGAACACAAAACUUACCUUCUCUUUUCAAUACUUGGUUCCAGUAUCACCUGAAGAGAAAGUCUUCGAUCUGGCAGGUUUGCUGAAGCAGUUAGGUAAUUUUAAUUUGAAAUGCAUGUUUUGCCACUACUGUUUCAGACUUCAGAUCUAAAACUUUUCCCAGCAACAGAGACAGUCUCUCCCCCCCCACAUACCCUCUUACUAAGGCUGGCUUUUCUACUGAAGAAGUUUGCAGCUGUUAAGUUACUUGCAUUUUUGCCUGUUAUAAGGGAAUGUCUUUGUAAAAUGUAUUACUUAAUGCCAAGAAACGCAUAUUAUGUAAAGAUGCGUUGGAAUAAGUUUCCAAAAAUUCAGACAGCUCCACCAGGCUGAAUAAAAUACUUACUGAAUUUAUUUUUUUUUUCCUGUAAAGAAAAAAAAUCCAGGAAUUUUAUUUUUCCUCCCCUCUUUCAUACAGGCUACUUCUGCUUAAUGCAGUGUAUUAAAAAUGUUUGUUCUGAACAGGGAGCACAUUGCUAGCAAACCUGAAUCCCACGGCUUUGCUUUGCUGUGGAAAAGAAAAAUGGACCUUGUAUCAGUAAUUAUUAUCAUAGCGAGAUUUCCAUCAAGACUGUUUCAAAGAGUAUGCUACUCCAUAACAUUUAAUAAUUUCAACAUAUGAAUUGUAUUAAGGGGCUAUUCAGGGGCAAUAUGUAUCAUUAAUGUUUCGUUUAAGGAAUGAAAGUCCCUUAGAGAUUGAAAAGGUACGCUGUUUAUAGACUUUGAGAUCCCUUUUGUGUGGAAUGUAAUUCCCAUUAUACAUGAGCAGAAAUUAAAUGUUUCUUUUAAACAAAACCAGAAGGUUUCUGUUUAUGGGUGAAACUGAAGUUGUGUUUCUUUAUGCUGUAGUUUGGCUUGCAACAGCACAGAUUUUAGUUUCUCCCUAGAUUUCAUCGACUUCAUUAAACAAUGGAAUAGCUUAAGCAACUUUAUAGUGUUUGAACCUCUUAUAGUUCUCUGUAUGCUGCAUUAUUUGUGCCUACUCUAAGGUAGUUAUGAUGUAGCUGAAGAGUCUUGUAUAGAUUGUGAAUGCCUUUCUUCCCUUUGACCUUUAUAAAUACUUGUGAUUAUUUCCCUAAUGCUUUCUGUAACCUUUCUGGGUUUGUUUUUUUGUUUGGUCUUUUAUUUUAAUCUAUUUUCUUCUCUUUUAUGCAACAAUCAAUUCACAUGUGAAGCACAGAAUGUGUGUUUAUGUUUAUACACACAAACACACAUGCACAUGCAUAGAUUAAUAGCUCUGAAACCCCUGCACACUUAAGUCACAUUUGUGACUUUAAACAAAGAAGUGGGGAAAAUCUAUUAAUGGGACAAUGCUCAUCUGGUGGGAUUCACUAUAGCUUUGUUAAAAGUCAAUGGAGCUGCACCAACCUAUACUUGUGGAGCAGCUCCCUUCAGUUGUACAACAGAAGCCUGUACAAUCUUAAGAGAUCUCAUGUACAAACAAGGGCUACAUUCUGCUCGGUUUUUAGGUAGUUGCAAAACUAUGAUUGACUUUAAGGUGGGAAGGAUAAAACCUUUUGCACAAAUAUAUGCACACAGACAAAACGUUAUUCAUAGAUUUGAAAUGGCAUCGUUUUGACGUGGUCAGACUUCUGUCUCCUCUUGAACUGCACUGUUCUGCAGUGUAUUAAGUCACACAAUAUUAGAAGUUUUUUGGUUGAAAUCAGUAAAAUCUUUUACAUUCCUUAUCCAAUGUGAAACUUUUUUCAAUUUGUGAAAUGAUUCAUUGACAUUGCAUUAUAUUUAGUUAUUUUUCUCUUUAUAUCAUUUCCACAGGGCAUAUAUGGAUGUAAAAUUAACAUUCUGGGGCAUUAAUAUUGUGAAUAUAAGUGUAUGUUACAAGAAAUUAUACGUAAUAUUAAACAGCCUUGAAGAACACAUAGUUUAAGAUUUAAAUAAAUAAUAGUGUUUGCUUUUACAGUUUCAUACUUCACACUGCAAUGUGAAUAUAUGCAGUGCAGUAUGUUACAAAAAAUGUCCUGCAAUAUAAAUGUUAAAACUGAGUUAGCAGUGAUAUGAAAAAGAACCUCUGAUAAACCCAAGUUUACUGUUUUGUCAACAAUAGUAAAUAAAUGAACAAACAGAAAAUCUUUAUGGUGCUAAAUUACCUCAUCACUUGAUGAACACUUAGAUUAAUGUUGUCUGUGCUUUUUCUUGAAUCCGAUUAUUGGUAUAUAACUGAAUACAAGAUUGUUCUUUAUUUAAUCUUCACUUUCAGUUUAUCUGUUAGUGAUAGGAUGGGAACUUGUAACUAUGAGUGAUCAGUAGAAAAAUAGCCUUAUGUCCUGCAGCCAGCAGUAGCUUUACACACAGAGCAAAGGAAGCAAGAGGGUAUCAUGCUCUUUGGAAAUGGGUGUGCUGCCCCCCAGGAAAAGCCCUGCCUGCAGAAAGCAGUGCUUGCCGAGCAGAACAGAGGCUCUUCUGAGCUGCGUUUGCUGCCACAACACCUUUGGGCUGGCUCAGUUUGCCUCUUCCACCUGGCACCUGAUCUUUCAGACUGGCUGAGCACCCUAACUCCCCACGGAAGGCAAUGGGUAUGUAGAUACUCGUGUUGUGUGCGCACACAUUAGCGAAGGGUGAAACACGCAGUGCACACGUACACAUCCGUAUGCGUUUGAGUGUCUGUAUUUGCGCAUGGUGAUUAUAUUAACAUUUGCUUCAAUUGACCCUCAGCAGUGAAGUAUGACAAAAGCUGUACUGUAUUCAGCGUGUACUUGUUGUCUGAUGUUAUAUGAGGUAAUUAGUUUGUGGUUUGCCCUGCAAUACAGUGUUUUGGAAUUUGGACUCUAGUGAAAGAGGAGCUAAUGAUGUUUGUGCUAAGGCCUCUUCAAUUUGUUAGUUGCACUAUGAUAUUGUAAAUAUUGGCACAUUUACAACAUAAGUUUAAGAUUUUGCAAAGUUAUGCAUACAGCUAUUUUUUUUAAAGAAAAGUGCUUGGAUAUUUCCUUUUAAAAUAUAUAUCAUUUUUGUAUUAAUGUGAUGCAGGAAACCAAAAAGAGAGCUGUUGAUUUAUCAACAAGAAAUGUAAAACUUGCAAAAAAAAAAAAAGCCGAUGAAUGUUUUAUUUCAUAUAAUCAGCUGAAGAAAAUCACCUUCAUUUUUGUGCCAUUGUUUCAUCAUACUGUGUUGUACUUGUGUUUCAUAUUUGACCAUGUCAUCAUGGUUGCAAUUUACUGUUGCGCUAGAUUUAACAUUACUGUAGAUUAUUGUAACAAUGUAAUAAAAAUAUUUUAAAAAUACA